AUGCUUAGAUUGAUUUGUCAAAGAACGUUUCAGUGUGCAAAUUUCGCUACGCAUUGUAAAACCAACGCCCGGAUUAGCUUUUCGCGAUGUGGGUACGCUGCCCAAGCAGCAGCAGCUGCCCCAUUGCCCCAACAUCCCCCUGUCCACGCAGAGCUUCCCAACUCGGAGUUCGACUCUCACGCAUACGCUGCUAUGCUUCAACAUUGUAUCCGAAACGGUGACUCGAAUUCCGCAAUGGGUCUUCACUGCGGGAUCUUGAAGAAAGGUGGUUGUUUGGACUUGUUUGCUCUCAACAUUCUUCUUAAUAUGUACGUGAAAGCGGGUAUGCUGUCUAAUGCCACUACGCUGUUUGACGAAAUGUCUGAAAGAAAUACUAUUUCUUUUGUUACGUUGAUCCAGGGAUUUGUGGACUCUCAACGUUUUGUUGAUGCUGUAGAGUUGUUUCACCGGCUGCAUACAGAAGGCCAUGAGCUUAACCAAUUUGUUUUUACUACAAUUUUGAAGUUACUUGUGAGGAUGGGAUGGGCUGAGCUGGCUUGGACCAUCCAUGCUUGUAUUCAUAAGCUUGCACAUGGCUCUAAUGCCUUUGUUGGGACUGCUCUCAUUGAUACCUACUCUGUUUGCAGCCACGUUGAUGUUUCUAGGGAUGUUUUUGAUGAGAUUGUUUGUAAGGAUAUGGUAGCUUGGACUGGAAUGGUAGCAUGCUAUGCUGAGAAUGGCUGUUUUGAAGAAGCACUCGAACUCUUCAGUCAAAUGCGGAUGAUUGGAUUCAAGCCUAACAAUUAUACUUUUACGGGUGUGCUUAAGGCCUGUGUUGGUUUAGAGGCCUUAAAUGAAGGGAAGAGUGUCCAUGGGUGUGUAAUGAAAUCUUGUUAUGAAGGGGAUCUAUAUGUGGGUACUGCAUUGCUUGAUAUGUACACCAAGUUUGGAGAUGUUGAGGAGGCUCGGCAAGUAUUUCAAGAGAUGCCCAAAAAUGAUGUGGUUCCUUGGAGCCUCAUGGUUUCACGGUGUGCUCAGAGUGACCGUUGUGAAGAGGCUCUGGACUUGUUUUAUCGGAUGAGGCAAGCAUUUGUUGUUCCCAACCAGUUUACAUAUGCUAGCACACUUCAAGCUUGUGCAACUAUGGAGCAUUUAGAUUUUGGGAAGCAAAUCCAUUGCCAUGUAAUCAAGCUUGGUCUUGAUUCAGAUGUCUUUGUUUCAAAUGCUCUCAUGGGUGUCUAUGCUAAAUGUGGAAAGUUAGAGAACUCUAUGGACUUAUUUGUGGAAUCACCAAAUAGAAAUGAUGUAUCUUGGAACACGAUGAUUGUUGGAUAUGUUCAGUUAGGUGAUGGGGAGAAGGCGUUGGCUUUGUUUUCAAAUAUGCUUAGAUGCCAAGUGCAGGCUACAGAAGUGACGUACUCUAGUGCUCUCCGUGCUUCUGCUAGCCUAGCAGCAUUGGAGCCAGGAGUUCAGAUACAUUCUAUAACGGUCAAAACCAUAUACGACAAAGAUACUGUAGUGGGUAAUUCUUUAAUAGACAUGUAUGCUAAGUGUGGAAGCAUCAAAGACGCCCGCUUGGUGUUUGAUAAGUUGAAGCAACGAGAUGAGGUUUCAUGGAAUGCGAUGAUCUCAGGAUAUUCUAUGCAUGGUCUUGGCCUGGAGGCUCUAAAGAUUUUUGAAAUGAUGCAGGAAACAAAUUGCAAACCAAACAAGUUAACUUUUGUCGGUAUUUUGUCAGCAUGUAGCAAUGCAGGACUAUUAGAUCAAGGACAGGCUUAUUUUAAUUCUAUGGUGCAGAACUAUGACGUUGAACCGUGCAUAGAGCACUAUACUUGUAUGGUCUGGCUGUUAGGGAGAUCAGGCCAUCUUGAUAAGGCUGUGAAGUUGAUUCAGGAAAUCCCAUUUGAACCUAGUGUUAUGGUAUGGCGUGCUUUGCUCGGAGCUUGUGUUAUCCAUAAUGAUGUGGAACUUGGAAGGAUUGCUGCCCAGCAUGUUCUUGAAAUGGAUCCCCAAGAUGAUGCUACCCACGUGUUAUUGUCAAACAUAUAUGCCACUGCAAGGAGAUGGGAUAAUGUGGCUUCUGUCAGAAAAAACAUGAAAAGCAAAGGAGUAAAGAAAGAACCCGGCCUAAGUUGGAUUGAGAACCAGGGCACAGUUCAUUAUUUCAGUGUGGGGGAUACUUCACAUCCUGACAUGAAACUGAUCAACGGGAUGCUGGAAUGGUUGAAAAUGAGAACUUUGAAGGCAGGACAUGUUCCCAAUUAUAGUGCCGUUUUGCUUGAUGUGGAGGAUGAUGAAAAGGAGCGCUUCUUGUGGGUACACAGUGAAAGGUUAGCUCUAGCGUUUGGGUUAAUUAGAACAUCACCUGGGAGCCCUAUUCGUAUCAUUAAAAACCUUCGAAUAUGUGUGGAUUGCCAUGCCACAGUGAAGUUAAUAUCAAAAGUAGUGCAGCGAGAUAUUGUUGUUCGAGAUAUCAAUCGGUUCCAUCACUUUCAGGAUGGAAUUUGCUCUUGUGGUGAUUACUGGUGA